AUGUUAGCUUUAUCAGCACAAAAUUAUGUAUACAAUUUAUCUAAAUAUGUUGAUGAAGUUCAAGUUCACCCAGAUAAAAAUUGUUGGAAGAAAGAAAUGCUAGAAGAAAUGGACGCCUUAAUAGAGAACAAUACAUGGACACUGGUUCCAAAACCCCAAAAUAAACGAAUCAUAAAUAAUAAAUGGAUAUUCAAAUUAAAGUUGGAUGAAGAAGGAAAUCCAUUGAGGUACAAAGCUAGAUUAGUAGCUAAAGGAUAUAAAUACAAAUAA